UUCUUUUAUGUCAUCAUGAACGUGUCAUCUUUAUUGCUCUCUAUAUUGCUCAAAGUCCUGGCUGUGAACUGUCAGGUCUUUGGACAGGAACGCAUAGUGGGAGGCUACGCGCCGGUUCCUCAUUCCAUCAGAUACAUUGUAUCAUUACAGAAGACGAACCGCCAGCACAUCUGUGGGGGCUUCCUGAUUAACAGAUUCUGGGUACUCACAGCAGCACACUGCAACAUCGGGAUAAGCAACAUGGUGGUAGUAGCAGGAGACUACUCUUUGUUCAUUUAUGAAGGCACAGAGCAGGAAGUGGUCCCCCACCUCUUGGUGCCCCACCCUGAGUAUAACAGCACAACAAACAACAGUGACAUCAUGCUCAUUAAGCUAAGGGCACCCAUCUACCUGAACGACUACGUGUCUAUUGUUCUGCUGCCCAGGCAGGAUGCCUCCAUAGUGGAGGGUGAAAUGUGUCGAGUGUCGGGUUGGGGAUACACCAGCCCCACGGGGGGCCAGCUUCCAUCCACCCUUCGGACUGUCACACUUCCUAUUGUGUCUACAGAAAAAUGUAACAGCACUGAGUCGUUUAACGGCCUCAUCACUGACAGAAUGCUUUGUGCCGGCUACAACAUCGGUGGAAAAGAUGCCUGUCAGGGAGACUCAGGUGGCCCACUUGUCUGUAACGGGCGGGCCUAUGGAGUGGUGUCGUGGGGAAGAGGAUGUGCUAACGCUGAAUUUCCUGGAGUCUACACUGCCGUGUCCAAGUUCCGCCGCUGGAUAGACAACACCAUAUUUAGCUACUACAGCAAAUGUAAGAAGAAUUAGAGCUCAGUGUUAACUCAUUGGAGACAUAACUUCCUCAUUCCAAUGUUGCCUUCUUUGAUCUAAUUUUACAUGCACUAUAUCAGGUGAACACUGGGGGAUAUGUUCAGGGAUGGUUCCAUAUUCCAGGAAACGGUCAUGCUGGCCUUUGGGCGGAGAGCUAGUUUUCUUACAAUAGACAGCCAUAACAUUAUGAAAAAUUCUAGGUAAAAAAAAGUAAUCAUUUUAAUAAUGUUGGAACAAGAACAUUGACAUUCAUUGAAAAGCCCCCAUAGCGAAAGAAACUGGUUGCACAAAACGUCUUGAACUUCCUAAGAACUACAGCUUAAGGUACCAAAAACACAUAAAAUCUUAAUCCUAA